AUGACAACAAAGAGUUUCUGUCUGGUCGCUGCCACGGCCGCUCUGUCGGGCGUCUCAGCUCUCCAGAUCCCACUCAACCUCCAAGUCCCCAAGCUCUCAUGGAGUCCUUUUAGUGACGAUCUGCCUCUGGUGGACACGAAGGAGCUGCAGAAGAGCAUCAAGCCUGAGAACCUCGAGGCGCGAGCAAAGGAUCUGUACGAGAUUGCCAAGAAUGGCGAGGAGGAGUACGGUCAUCCUACUCGCGUCAUCGGUAGCGAAGGCCAUCUCGGAACGCUGUCGUACAUUCACGCUGAAUUGGCCAAGCUGGGCGGCUACUACACCGUCUCGAACCAGCAAUUCCCUGCCGUUUCGGGUAACGUCUUUGAGUCGCGACUCGUUAUCGGCAGUGAUGUCCCCAAGGAGGCUGCGCCCAUGGGUCUGACACCCCCUACAAAGAACAAGGAGCCUGUUUACGGAAAGCUCGUUCUCGUCGAUAACGAAGGAUGCAACGAGUCCGAUUAUCCCGAGGCUGUCAAGGGAAACAUUGCUCUCGUCCUUCGUGGAACAUGCCCCUUUGGAACAAAGUCCGGCAACGCUGGCAAGGCGGGUGCUGUCGCGGCCGUUGUGUACAACUACGAAAAGGGCGACGUUCACGGAACUCUGGGAACUCCUUCUCCUGACCACAUCGCUACUUUUGGUCUUGGUGGUGAUGAGGGUAAGGCUGUUGUCAAGAAGAUCAAGGAUGGCGAGGAGGUUGAUGCUAUUGCAUACAUCGAUGCCGAGGUCAAGACUAUCUCUACUACCAACAUCAUCGCCCAGACCCGCGGCGGUGAUCCCGAGAACUGUGUUAUGCUCGGUGGUCACAGCGACAGUGUUGCCGAGGGCCCUGGUAUCAACGAUGACGGCUCUGGCAGUAUCUCCGUGCUCGAGGUUGCUGUCCAGCUGACCAAGUACCGCGUCAACAACUGUGUGCGCUUCGCCUGGUGGGCCGCCGAAGAGGAAGGACUCCUCGGAUCUGACCACUACGUCUCUGUCCUUUCCGACGAGGAGAACCAGAAGAUUCGUCUCUUCAUGGACUACGACAUGAUGGCCAGUCCCAACUUUGCCUACCAGAUCUACAACGCCACCAACGCUGCCAACCCCAAGGGAUCCGAGGAGCUGCGCAACCUGUACGUUGACUGGUACGAGGAGCAGGGUCUCAACUACACCUUUAUCCCCUUUGACGGUCGCAGCGACUAUGACGGUUUCAUCCGUGGCGGUAUCCCUGCUGGUGGUAUCGCUACCGGUGCCGAGGGUGUCAAGACUGAAGAAGAGGUUGCCAUGUUUGGCGGAGAGGCUGGUGUUUGGUACGACAAGAACUACCACCAGAUCGGUGACGAUCUGACAAACGUCAACUACACUGCUUGGGAGGUUAACACCAAGCUCAUCGCCCACUCUGUCGCUACCUACGCCAAGUCUUUCAAGGGAUUCCCUGAGCGAUCUUCCGAGGCUGUUGUCCAGAGCGAGACAUACUCUGACAAGACCAAGUACCACGGCAGCAAGCUCUUCCUGUAA